CCGGCUCGAACCAUCAAAGAUCUCAGCGAUCAACCUCGGGCCAGAUGCAACAGUCGUCUUCAACACCUCAGCAAUUCAAUGCUUCAUUCUGGGUUGACCCAAUGACCGGCACUCAGUACUACGGAAACAAUCCGUACGCUCCACAGAACGUUGCCUAUGACCCGAACUUCUACAUGGCAGCCUCCCAACAAACAUCCAACCCACAGCAAAUGUUCAAUUCUCAACAGAUGCCCAACACUCAGCAGUAUGCCACGACCAACUUUGGUGGACAGAGCUUCCAGACACCGCUCAAUCCAGCUGAUGCAACACUGCACAACUGGGCUAUGACAACCACGCACGAGAACAGUCGUCUUGGCUCCAACAUGUCCAACAAUGGAUGGGGUUCGAAUGUGCAGUACUCCGGCCAACAGUACCCAGGACAGCAAGCUUUCGUGCCCCAGGCCUCUUUCCAGCAAGCUCCUGCUCAGCAGAUACAGUUCCAGCAAGCUCCUGCUCAGCAGAUACAGUUCCAGCAGAGCCCAACUCAACAAGCCACUGUUCAACAGACAUUCAUUCAGCAAUCGCCCGAGGCCGAACAGAAGCAGGAGAUCCAUGACGAUUACACCAUUUACGACAUGAAUGGAGAUGCGAGUGCGCAGCUAUUGGGCGAGCUCAACGGUGCCUCUCGCUCACCUACUCCCCAAGAACAUCAAUCGCUCGAGGUCGCCGACAACAAAGACGCAGAUAUGUCUGAGGACGUGAUCGGUUUUACGGCCGAUUCUGCGCCUUCAAUCAACGACUGGUCGGACGUUUUCGCAGGACAGCACGGCAACGAUUCUGCAGAUGAAAUUUUCAGGAGCUUCGAGGCCGAGAUGAUCAGCGCGGAGGCCGAGAGGAUUGCGCACAGACAGUUGGAAGAGGAAGUUGAUCAGGUCAUUGAGGACUUGAAGGAUGAAGAGAUGCAAGGCAUUGUCUCUGAAGACCAGACUGUCGUCGGUCACACUCCCGAAGAUACUGACAUCACUUCGAUCACCGAGCAUGAUCACGACGUUUAUGCUGAAGCUGACGAUUACGUAGAGGAUCCCCUAACCACCGAGCAAGUCGACACUCCUCCCACCUCGCCAGCCCAGAUGUCAGAGGAAAUCGCUGAGAACAAUGAAUCAGAGGAGGAAGUUGAUGAGGAUGAUAGAUCAGAAGAGGACGCCGAUGAGGACGACGACGUGGAGAACGUCUCCGAGCCAGAGACCACCGAAGUUGAGGUCCUCGACACCGAAGCCACCUCGGACCAAGAAGCACACAACUUCGGUGUCAAGAACCCCGUUCUCAUCAACUUUCAAGGCUAUACGCUCACGAUGGGUCCCCUGAAGACCAUCAAGACCAAGGCCAUGAACAAAGAAGACAAGGAGCUCCACCAAAAGGCCACCAAGCUCAUCCCCCACCACCUCCCUCCUUCGCGCUACUGGACCGCAAUCCUGCACCACUCAGUCGCUCCCAACAAGGCCAAAGUCGAAAAAGACUUCAUCUGGAUGAAAGGUUCCAGAUUCAACACCGUCGAAACAAUCUACAACAAAUACAAGGAAGUCACCACCGAAGACCGCCAUCAAAUCCUCUUCUGCAACGAGCCGGCUGAAUUCGACGAUGCGCUGGAGGAGUUGGAUAUUUUCGACGACAAGCUUGUUGUUUUCCGCGCUAGGGUGCUGCCUAAACAGGUCAUUGAGAUUGACUGA